UUUAGUUUCACCCACAUGAGAUCACGUCUUAAUUUUAAUAAUAGAGCGAUUUUAAAGAAUGUUUUUGAACAUUGGAAAAUGUAUGUUAUACACAAGCUACAUAGACGGAGGGUCACGUAUAAAGCGAAUUACUUUUAUCAGAUGAAAUUGCAAAGAAAAGUUUUGAACGCAUUGUCAAAAAAUGUAUUAUUAAAAUGGGAGCAAAUUGUUUCGUCUAUGGAUAAGUGCAAUGAUAUAUCAGAGGCUUCUCCGGAAUGCAAAAUAGAUCGGAUACAUUAUUCUCAGUAUUUAUUACGAAAGUCUUUUAAAUAUUGGUGUAACUAUAUUGGAAUAAUGAAUAAGAAGAAAGCAUUGCUAGAGAAAGCUGUCCAGUUCCAUAAUUCAUAUUGUUUGAAGAAAUGCAUUAUCAAUUGGAAGAUAUUUCUUACGUUACAAAAAAAGAAAAGAUAUAGAAUAGAACAGGCACGUAAAUGGUAUGAGAAGAAGAUAUUAGAAAAAUGUAUAAGAGUUUGGAUCAAUGUUUCCGAACUUGAAUCGCAGAGAAGUAAAAUGGGGCGUGCUAUUCAGCAUUAUGACGAUAAGUUAUUGAUAAAAUAUUUCCGCGCUUGGCGGAUGUAUCAUGAGUACAAAGUAAAGAAAUUAAAAAUAGAAGUUCGCGUGUUAGCGUACAGUAGGAGAAAAUUGUUGAAGCGGUACUUCGAGUUAUUCGUUGCGGUAGUAGUUUUCCCAGAUUCACGCAUACACAUUUUAUAAUCGUGUUACUAAAAGUCUUCCCUUCUCUGACAGCGAGUACACGAACUCAUUGCUGAAAAUAUUGCGAACGAAAAUGCUGAUACGUUUUACAAUUCUAAACUUGUACAAAGAGCUUUCGAUGUAUGGCGAGAGUGGCACGAUAGAAAAUUGCUGAAGACAAUGAGGAUUCAUAAAAUUAGAGAAUUGUUUGAGAAUGGAAUGAAACGUACCACGUUUAUUAAUUGGCGCGCGUACCUGAUUCGUAAGAAAUGUAAACGAAGAAGAAUGUUCGCAGCGAAUAACUUUUACGAGAAGAAAUUAUCAGUAAAGAUUUUAAGGAGCUUCCGCCAUUAUGCUCUUUACAGAAGAGAGAAAAGAGCUAAGUUAUCUCAUGUUUACGAUAGAAGCGAGGGCAUCGUUCGACAGUUGCAGACUAUUUUUAUAGAAAAAUGGAGAAGAGCGCUUUAUAAUUCCGUGCAAGAGAAACAGAAACUGGCUAGAGCGAUUCAGUUGUGGGAAUUGAAUCUAACGCGGAAAUAUUUUAAUAAUUGGAGAGAAUUUUCGUUACGGUAUAAAGAGAAGAUGCUUCGUAAAGGGAGUUUGAACGAGAUAGCUGACCGUUUCCUACUGACAAGAUUCGUUAUGCAUUGGCGUUACAAGUUACAAGGUGUCCUUGAUAUACGUAGAAAAGAAAUUCUUGCCGUGUCCACGAUGGAACAUAGAAUGAUGAAGAAAUGCUUCUCAUCUUGGAAAGAGUACAUAGCCCAGAAAGUGAUACUGAACGAAGAAAUAGAUGCAGCGAUGGAAUUGCAUAAAAAGUUUUUGUUACGCGAAGGACUUAAAUCAGUUUUAAGAAACUCCCUUUGUAAUAUCGACUACCAACGCGACAUGCAAUUAGAGAUCGCAGCGAUGAGAUCAUUAGAGAAUUUAGAAAUUUUAAAGGAUUACUUUGACAAAUGGUAUUUCUUGAUUUAUUUAAAACAUAAGUCGGAACUUACCAGUGGCAAUGACUUUGCGCGAACUCGAGAUUCGUGUUACGAUAAAUUAGAUAGUUUUGGAACUCAUUUAGUCUUACCGGAGUACAUGAUGGACAAAGGGACGAAAGUCUGUGAUUCGAUCAGUAAAUUACCGCAAGAGAAUUGGUUAUUCAAUUUAUUUCAACCGGUUUAAAUAUCCGUACAGUUCAGAGUAUAAAUGAUAAGAGAAAUAUUUACAAAUCGUUUAUUAUGUACAAAUUAUUAUCUGAAUUACAUUUAUUAUUUUUAUACAAA